UAAAGGUUUGGGUGCUAUGAAACUCUUUGCCUGUGACAAAAAUGUCAUGUGACAUGCGUGGUGAUGUCAGUACUUCCUUAUAACACUAGGCAUCUGCAGAAAUUCAUUCUCACUCAGUAAACAAGCUCUUGAGCUUACUCUCAAUAGCAAACCGACUAGCUAUGUGAUAAUGGACAAUAUCUAUGGGAAUGUUAUUUUGCCUGAAAUGGGAAAGGGGGCAGAUUCCCCUGGCUGCCAUAAGGAGCUGACUCUCAAUAGCAAAACGACUAGCCAUGUGCUAAUGGACCCUGUCUAUGGGAAUGUUAUUUUGCCUGAAAUGGGAAAGGGGGCAGAUUCUCCUGACUGCCAUAAGUCACCGCACUAUUCUCCAUAUGUGACUCAGCAGCCCAGUGGCAGUAAAGGAAACGUCUCCACAUCCAGAGGACUUCUUCUGUUCUCUCUGGCUCUUAGUGUCGGCCUGUUGGCUGGUCUUGUUGCCGUGGCCUACCUCUAUUCCAAUGCACAGACUAAGCUUGACCUGAUAGAAGCACUGCACAAGAAUGUGUCAGCAACCUUGAAUACCACUGAGACUAAGCUUGACCUGAUAAAAGCACAGCUCAAGAAUUUGACAGCAACCUUGAAUACCACUGAUUCCAUUGCACAGACCAUGCUUGACCUGAUAGAAGCACUUCACAAGAAUUUGUCAGCAGCCUUGAAUACCACUGACACCUGUGUUUGUAGGGUCUGUCCUGAAGGGUGGGCUAACAACAGUGGGAGGUGCUACCUCUUCUCCUCCACUAAUAAGACCUGGAGUCAGAGUCGAGAUCACUGCAUCACAUUAGGGGGGCAUCUGGUCAUUGUGAACAAUCAAGAAGAACAGAGUUUUCUGUCCCAAAGUGCCAUUGAGGAUUUCUACUGGAUAGGACUGAAUGACCUGGAGACAGAAGGACAGUGGAUUUGGGUGGACAGCACACCUCUCAAUGAGACUGGAGCAGUAUUCUGGCUGAAAAGGUCUGAUAAACCGGAUGAACCAGAUGAACCAGAUAACUGGAUGGGGGAAAACUCUUCUGGGGAGGACUGUGGAGUUGUGUCCAAAAUUGGAGAGUGGUUUGACAACUCCUGCAAUAAACUGUUUACAUUUGUGUGUGAGAGGCCACUGAUUGGAUUAGAUUGAAUAUUCAGCUGCUAUAUAUGGAGGCUUUAAAAAAUAUUUUCAUUCAAAAAAAUUCUGUUGGGUGUGUGGGGUGUUAGGUGUUAGCUAUGAGUCUUGGGUGUGUGGGGUGUUGGGUGUUAGCUAUGAGUCUUGGGUGUGGCUUCAAAAAAAUAUUUUCAUUACAUUUACACAGUUGAUACACUGUGGUUGUAAGGAACCACUUUCCAGACCAACGACGGAACUGGGAGUGGGCGAAGGUUUCUGCGUGUUCGUCUUUCUGCUCUUUGUUGAAAUGCAAUAUUUUAUAUUAAAGGACCCUAUCUUGGUAAACAUAA